CUACACUCAAUAGUUUACAACUAUAGUCAUACGACGUCGUUGCUCCGGUCUUGUCUCUGCUUCAGAAUCAUCGCUGUGUCCACUGUUUUUCUUUUCCAUUCUUCACCGGGAACGAUGCCGUUGAAAUGGGUUUUGCACUGGCAACCAAAUGCAGGAACAACAGUAAACACACAAAUACUAAACGAAGUAUCUCAAUGCGUAGAGAGCAUCAAUGGAGUUAAAGAAGGAAGAUGGAAAGCUGCUUUAACCUCUUAUAAACCCAUGCUUCGAGACCAAUCAUUAACUCCGGAAUUCCCGCGAGAUUUCUUGGGGAUAUCAUUGCCGGAGCAGCCAAAUAAGUACUAUUUUAUGAUAAGAGGUCAAAGGCUAGUUGUUGAAGCUGAUUCAUCAAUUCAGACAAUAAUGGAGAAACUUCAGUCUUAUAAGUCUAGGGUUGCUCUUCUGUUUGAGGGGUUUCAGUAUCAACUUGGGGAUUUUCAGUUGAGAGUGGGAAAGGUUGUUCCUAAUCAUUCUGAGAACUUGAGAGGAAUUGUUAUGGAGGUGGAGUAUCUUCCUAUAUCCUCAAUAGAGAAAGCUAGGCCAAUCAUGGAAGAAUUUGUUGAUAUAUGGCAAGAGGCUAUAUCGAAAAGAUCAUUACCCGGGCAAUUUAUGCAUAUAGAAACUAACUUUGCUGAUUAUGGUCUCUUUGAUCACUAUACUCCACAACACACAGCUCUGCAGUAUGCUACCGUCAUAGCUCAACUGAUUGCAACACAGACGGUACAAGCAGCCAGAAAUUAGGAAUAAUGGAGAUACUCGAAUUUUUUUUUUUUGUAAAACUGACCCCUUUCUGUUCAGAAGUUAAAUAUCAUGAAUUCAUGAUAUUUGAUUCACGUGUAAUCUCCUGAUUACUUUCUAAACCAAGUCGUUUAUUUCUUUUCA